AUGUCGCAUCCUUCUCUCCAUGCUUCUCCCCACAGGGACUCUUCGAACCAUCAGGACAAAGGGAUGUUACAACCGAAAGCCGCCCACGCUGGUAACAGUCCUCGCAAGAUGUUGCCUUCAUCUCCUGCCCACACGGCUUUCGAGACCGUACAUGGUGGAAACAUCGGAUGGAGCUAUUCGAGGACCCCGGGAAACGACAACAGCCUCUUUGACGAAUUCCGUGCCACCGUUCGCAGGCUGCUCCAGCAUAUUGUGUUUAUCUCUCUGCUCACCCUGAGGCUGUACAUGCUCCCUCUGCUGUACAUGUCCCGCAGACUUGCCAUAAGCGACGAACCCUGGUACCCUACAGCCUGGCAGAUUGUGCCGCACCCAGGCCGCGCAUUUGUCCACUGCGCCCGUUGUUGCAAGACAGAGGGGAAUCUGACACUCGGCCACACAUGGGCAAAUGUACGUGGGAGUUUCUCCACCACUUUCAAAAUCAUCAAAGCUCUGUACUCGUUUGGAAAAGGCGUUGGCGAAGACCGAAAUGCUCUGCAGCCGGAUCCCGCACUCUUGCUCGAUCCGCCUGGCAGUGCAAUAGACGUUCAAUGCGAGCACGAAUGCGACUCGAAAAUCUUCGACAGUAAUUGCGUUGACCCUCAACCUGAAUCAUCGGCGAGUGCUUCAGAAAUAUAUCAUGCCGCGCUGCACAACGGUAGCACCUUGGACGACAUCCUCGCCGCGUUUGAGAGGAGCAAAAAGGCGGGGGCGGCUCGCACCGAUCGUUUUGUGAUCGGUCAGGAUCUUGUUGCUGUUACCGAGAGAGAAGACGCAGAUCCCCGGAGCCCACCGAACCAGCCUCCCGAACGUGGUUAUCGGACCUCCAGUAUCCAGACCACACCGGAAAGAAUGUUGUCGGGUGAUGAGCCUGUCAUAUUACAUGACUGCUCUACACGGGAAGACAUCAACGAUGACAUGGACGCUGCGACGCCUCCGAUCCCGGUCAACAAGACAGAGCAAAGCCAAAAGAAGGUAGAACUCGAACUCGAGCGGACUCAGUCUAACGAGAACAAUGUGGCCACUCCCACAUCGCAUGCCUGGCACCAUACAUCAGCAGAGCAGAGUGGGGAGAAGCGUGUGAAAUCCACUGCGCGGAAGCGCUGCCCAACAUUCGUCAGAAGGCAGACGCAGGCUGCUUGUCCAGAAAAGCAUGUCAGUGGUGAGAAGCGAUCGUUAACAGUCUUGCAAGAAAGAGCCACGAGAUCGAGCCCGACCCUGGCCAUCGAUUCACCAACAAAACGGGCUAGACUUCAGCGCAAAGUCAGAGUUUACGAGGACCCUAAUUGCGGCCCAAGAUCGUAA